GCGAAGGAGCGAUCGGAGCGGCCGUCGCCCGAGCCGAGCCGCGCAGCCGGUCCGCCCGCCCGCUCACGCUCCAGUCGCCGUGUCUAGCAGCGGGGCCCAGCAUGGUCAUGGCGGAUGGCCCGAGGCACUUGCAGCGCGGGCCGGUCCGGGUGGGGUUCUACGACAUCGAGGGAACGCUGGGCAAGGGCAACUUCGCGGUGGUGAAGCUGGGGCGGCACCGGAUCACCAAGACGGAGGUGGCGAUAAAAAUAAUAGAUAAGUCUCAGCUGGAUGCAGUGAACCUUGAGAAAAUCUAUCGAGAAGUACAAAUAAUGAAAAUGUUAGACCACCCUCACAUCAUCAAACUUUAUCAGGUAAUGGAGACCAAGAGUAUGUUGUACCUUGUGACAGAAUAUGCCAAAAAUGGAGAAAUUUUUGACUAUCUUGCUAAUCAUGGCCGGUUAAAUGAGUCUGAAGCCAGGCGAAAAUUCUGGCAAAUUCUGUCUGCUGUUGAUUAUUGUCAUGGUCGGAAGAUUGUGCACCGUGACCUCAAGGCUGAAAAUCUCCUGCUGGAUAACAACAUGAAUAUCAAAAUAGCAGAUUUCGGUUUUGGAAAUUUCUUUAAAAGUGGUGAACUGCUGGCAACAUGGUGUGGCAGCCCCCCUUAUGCAGCCCCAGAAGUCUUUGAAGGGCAGCAGUAUGAAGGACCACAGCUGGAUAUUUGGAGCAUGGGAGUUGUUUUGUACGUCCUGGUCUGUGGAGCUCUGCCUUUUGAUGGACCAACUCUUCCAAUUUUGAGGCAGAGAGUUUUGGAAGGAAGAUUCCGGAUUCCAUAUUUCAUGUCAGAAGAUUGUGAGCACCUUAUUCGAAGGAUGUUGGUCCUAGAUCCGUCCAAACGACUAACCAUAGCUCAAAUCAAGGAGCAUAAGUGGAUGCUUAUAGAAGUUCCUGUACAGAGACCUAUUCUCUAUCCACAAGAACAAGAAAACGAGCCAUCUAUUGGGGAGUUUAAUGAACAGGUCCUGCGAUUGAUGCACAGCCUCGGAAUAGAUCAACAGAAAACUGUUGAGUCUUUGCAGAACAAGAGCUAUAACCACUUUGCUGCCAUUUAUUUCUUGUUGGUGGAGCGCCUGAAAUCACAUAGAAGCAGUUUUCCUGUGGAGCAGAGACUAGAUGGCCGACAGCGUCGGCCUAGCACCAUUGCUGAACAAACAGUUGCCAAGGCACAAACUGUGGGACUCCCAGUGACCAUGCAUUCCCCAAACGUGAGGCUGAUGCGAUCUGCCCUCCUCCCACAGACAUCCAACGUGGAGGCCUUUUCAUUUCCAGCUUCCGGCUGUCAGGCGGAAGCUGCAUUUAUGGAAGAAGAGUGUGUCGACACUCCAAAGGUAAAUGGCUGUCUGCUUGACCCUGUGCCUCCUAUCCUGAUGAGGAAAGGAUGCCAGUCACUGCCCAGCAACAUGAUGGAGACCUCCAUUGACGAAGGGUUGGAGACAGAAGGAGAGACUGAGGAGGACCCCAGUCAUGCCUUUGAAGCUUUUCAGUCCACGCGCAGUGGGCAGAGACGGCACACUCUGUCAGAAGUGACCAACCAACUGGUCGUGAUGCCUGGGGCAGGUAAAAUUUUCUCCAUGAGUGACAACCCCUCCCUUGAUAGUGUGGACUCUGAGUAUGAUAUGGGGUCUGCUCAGAGAGACCUGAAUUUUCUGGAGGACAACCCUUCCCUUAAGGACAUCAUGUUAGCCAAUCAACCGUCACCCCGCAUGACAUCUCCUUUCAUAAGCCUGAGGCCUACCAACCCAGCCAUGCAGGCUCUGAGUUCCCAGAAACGAGAGGCCCACAACAGAUCACCAGUGAGCUUCAGAGAGGGCCGCAGGGCAUCUGAUACCUCCCUCACCCAAGGAAUUGUAGCAUUUAGACAACAUCUUCAGAAUCUGGCUAGAACCAAAGGAAUUCUGGAGUUGAACAAAGUGCAGUUGCUUUAUGAACAGAUGGGACCAGAGGCAGACCCUAAUUUGACAUCAGCUGCCCCUCAGCUCCAAGACCUCGACAGCAGUUGCCCUCAGGAGGAAGUUUCCCAGCAGCAGGAAAGUGUCUCCACUCUGCCUACCAGUGUGCAUCCUCAACUUUCCCAGCGGCAGAGUCUAGAAACCCAGUACCUACAGCAUAGACUCCAGAAGCCUAGCCUUCUGUCAAAGGCGCAGAAUACCUGUCAGCUUUAUUGUAAAGAACCACCACGGAGCCUUGAGCAGCAGCUGCAAGAACACAGGCUCCAACAGAAGCGACUCUUUCUCCAGAAGCAGUCUCAGCUCCAGGCGUAUUUUAAUCAGAUGCAGAUAGCAGAGAGCUCCUACCCUCAGCCAAGUCAGCAGCUGCCCCUUCCCCACCAGGAGACUCCACCGCCAACCCAACAGCCCCCACCCUUCAGCCUGACCCAGCCCCUGAGCCCUGUCCUGGAGCCUUCUUCUGAGCAAAUACAAUACAGCCCUUUCCUCAGCCAGUACCAGGAGAUGCAGCUGCAGCCUCUGCCCUCCACGCCUGGCCCCCGGGCUCCUCCUCCAUUGCCCACACAGCUGCAACAGCAGCAGCCACCGCCUCCGCCACCUCCUCCACCACCACAACAGCCUGGAGCUGCUCCAGCCCCCUUGCAGUUCUCCUAUCAGACUUGUGAGCUAUCAAGUGCCACUUCCUCUGCGCCAGACUAUCCCACUUCCUGUCAGUAUCCCGUGGAUGGAGACCAGCAGAGUGGCCUCACAGGUCCGGACUGUCCCAGGAGCUCAGGACUGCAAGAGGCGCCCUCCAGCUAUGACCCGCUAGCCCUCUCUGAGUUACCUGGACUCUUUGAUUGUGAAAUGCUAGAUGCGGUGGAUCCACAACACAAUGGGUAUGUCCUGGUGAAUUAAUCUCAGCACAGGAAGUGAGGUGGAUCUAGUAAAGGCAGACUGUGUAUUUUUAUUUUUAUUCCAGCCUUUUAAAUUUAAAGCUUAUUUUCUUGUCCUCUUCCUAAUGGGGAAAAAUCAAGUCGCCCAACUGGAAUCAGAGGACUUGGCUGGGAUGGAUGUGCUUCCUCCUGGCUCUGUCCCACCACAAAGUUUUCUGUGGGCAAAUGCUGGAACAUAGUUGCAGGCUAAAGCUCAUGUCCUUAGGUGAAGUGAAGCCAGCACUUGAGGGAGGCACCAACAAAUGUUUUUUAUAAGACAACAACAUUCAGACCUGGGUUUUAUGCAAAAUUAUACCAGUUCAUUAUUGAGGGAAACCUUGGUGAAAGCAGGAACAAUGUGUGCUGUUGCGUAGGAAUGCGUGUGCGUGCACGUGUGUAUAGGGCAAAACAAAAAUACAAUAUAUUUUUCACUGAAGUCAAGCAACAGCAUUGCUUCAAGGCAAAUCAAGAAUACAUAAUGGAAUUUGAUGCACAGGAGUAAAGUUGUACUUUGUCAUUGAAUCCUAAGUUCUCAGCUGCUGAUGCAGGUUGUUCCCAAGACUUGAAAAGCAGUGGAGCAUGAGCUGUUUCAGGGCCCACUAAGUAACAGCUGGUACUGACCCCUGACACCUGCAGUCGUCUCCACCUGGGAGAAGGCGACACACCUCUUCAGAAGGUGCCACUAGGUUACCAUGUGUCAGAAUAUACUCAGGGCUCCAAAGAUGUCACCCAUAGAACCAACAGGAGACCCACCACAGUGGAGGCUGGGGGCAAGAAACUGGAGAAAGUAUCAGGAGCACCAGCCCUGGGCCAGGAGACAGGCUCUUUCUGCACGGUCUCUUGAGGAGACUUCAGGCUGGGGCAUUUGGUCUCCAGAGGACCUCUCAGGUCUUCUACAGUGUAGUAACUCCUUUGACUUUACACUCUAUGUUGCUAGUAGUUUAUUGAGCUUUGUAUAUUUCGACAGUUUCAUAUAGGGCUUAGAAAUUUUAAGGACACAAAAAAAUGAACUUUUAUGUCCCAUGUGAAGUGGUAGUGCUGUGCCUUUUCCCCACCAUGCUUUAAUUCUUUCUUUUCUAUAGAAAUCAAGUUUUCCAUUAAUGUCAAUGCUAAAUCCAAAGUCACUUCAGUUUAUUUUCCACCAUGUGGGAAUCUGCAUUCUUAAUUUCCUUAAAGUUUUGACUUGUAAUGCAAUGUUCAAAAGUAUUACAGCAAUACUCAAAACAACACAAAUGUGUUAACCAUUUAAGCAGAUCAUCUGCCAAACAUGUUAUAUUACUAGAAAAAUUGAACCCUUACAAUCAUUCAUCACAAUAAGUGAAAAAUAGAUGCUACAUUAGUUAACUGUAUACCUAGAAGUAAUGAGUAAUCUGUCAAUUUAGACAGUGACCUCCAGGUGUUACAAAUUCAGUAUUAUUUACAAAAACCAUAAUUUCUGUCCUUUAGAGUGGCUUGUCCUAUCAGCAGAUGAAAGCGUUAAGCACAAAGCGUCUUCCUUAAAGCACAAAGAGAGACGCCACACUGACGCUGCAUCUAGAAACACCUUUAAGUUGCCUUUCCUCUUUGUAGUAAGUGUCCAGGCAGGGAAAGGAAGCAUGCAAGUGGAGGAGAUUGUUCUGGACCCAGCCCAGCCCCUGCCAGUGCUGGUGAAUUUAGCAGUCCUUGAAAGUGGCCAGGGACUGGUAGGCAUAGGGGCUCCCCAUUGAUGCCAGGCUGCUUCACAAAGGAACUCUGCUUGGAUUGGGACUCUGGGUAUCAACAGGAAAGUGGGAGGGGGGAGACUUGUCAUUUUUGUGAUUUAAUAACACAAUGAAAAUCCAGGAAGAGUGAAUUAUGCUCCUUUUAUGGGUUGUUUAUUCCUGCUUGUGCUUAAUAUGGAUUUCUUGAGAUAGAAAAUAUUAUUUCUUUU